AUGGAGAACUUGCCCGAUAUCGUAGUCUCCACAACUAUGUCUAGGACGCUGCGUCAGUAUGUUCUCCAGUUUGGUCAGAAGCUGGUCCGCAGGCGGCCGCUGAAACCCAUAGAGGAGUCUGAGAGUCCCAAGGCCCCUGUGAACACCCUAGACCUGGUGGUCUUGGGUGUGGGCAGAAGCCUGGGAGCUGGUGUGUAUAUCGUGGCUGGUGCAGUGGCCAAGUACAUAGCUGGACCAGCGAUCGUCAUCUCACUCUUGGUGGCCGCUCUGUCUUCUCUGUUGUCUGGGCUCUGCUAUGCAGAGCUUGGAGCCCGGGUACGACGCUCUGGUUCUGUGUAUUUCUACAGCUAUGUCACCAUGGGACAACUGUGUGCCUUCAUCAUUGGCUGGAAUCUCAUACUGUCUUCAUUUAUUGCCACUUCCUUUGUGUCCAAAGCCUGGAGCUACGCCUUUGACAGCCUGAUUGGAAACCACAUCUCUCAGGCGUUACAGGGAACUUUCUCUGCGCAUAUGCCCGACUUCCUGGCCACGUUCCCAGACUUUGUUGCGCUGGGCCUGGUGCUGUUAAUGAUUGGAAUACUCGUUCUGGGAGCUCAAGUAUCAUCCCUGGUUAUCAAAGUGUUCACGAGCUUGAACGUUUUGGUUCCAAUCUUCAUGAUCAUCUCUGGCUUCAUUAAGGGGGAUCUGCACAACUGGCAGCUCACGGAGCAGGACUACACAUUGGCCACAUCUGGAUUCAAUGACGUCCAUAGGACUGGAGGCUUGGGUCCGCUGGGUUCUGGAGGGUUUGUGCCCUUUGGCUUUGAAGGGAUUCUCCACGGAGCAGCUCUAUGUCUCUACUCAUAUGUUGGUGUCGAUGCCAUUGUCACUACAGGGAAAGAAGCCCUGAAUCCUCAGCGAUCCAUCCCCUUGAGCAUGGUGAUCUCCAUCUUCAUCUGCGUUUUGAUUGAUUUUGGUCUCUCAGCAGCCCUCACCCUCAUGGUGCCCUACUACCAGAUUCAUCCUUACAACCCUUUGCCACAGGCUUUUCUCCACGUUGGGUGGGACCCUGCCAGAUAUGUCAUGGCUGUUGUCUUCCUGUGUGCUCUUUCAUACAGCCUCCUGGGUGCCAUGUUUUUCAUGUCUCAGUUGAUCUAUGAAAUGGCAGAAGAUGGGCUCCUUUUCCAGGGACUUGCUUGGAUCCAUGCUCGCACACGCACCCGCAUCGUGGCCAUCGUGGCUUCUGGAAGUCUUGCAGGGCUCGUGGCAUUACUCUUCAAGCUCCGAGAUACUGUGGAACUCCUGUUAAUCGGGGUCCUACUUGCUUACUUCCUGGUGGCUUUCUCUGUCCUUGUCCUCAGGUACCAGCCAGACCAGAAGUUAAGCAAGCAUGAGAAAACAAAGGAGGAAAUUGAGAUGGAGCCUUUAGUUGAAGGAAGUCCUUUAGAAUCUGUACCUGAAGCAGGAAACUCAAGGAUUCUAAAGAGUCUGUGCGACCCUAUCAACACCACUCCCACGCUGACGUCUGGCCAGAUUGUCUACGGAUGUGCCUCACUGCUUGUUCUCCUGCUGACCAUCCUGAGCCUGGUGCUGGCCCGGUGGCCCAGCCGCGUGUUCUCUGGAGACCCCGUGGCCACAACAGCGGCUGUGCUGCUGCUGCUGCUCAUCGUGGGGGUCACGGUCAUCAUUUGGAGGCAGCCCCAGAGCCCCGCUCCUCUUCCCUUCAAGGUCCCUGCUUUGCCUGUCCUCCCCCUGCUGAGCAUCUUUGUGAAUGUUUACCUGAUGAUGCAGAUGAUCUCUGGGACCUGGGCCCAAUUUGGCAUCUGGAAUGUGAUUGGAUUUGCCAUAUACUUUGGAUACGGGAUCCAACACAGCUUGGAGGAGAACAGUGACCAAGAGCCACCAGCCUCCACCUCCCAAAUGCUUGACAAAAACAUCCCUAGUGAUGAAUCACCUUAA